UCAGUGUGUGUGACUGUGUGAGUGUGUGUGUGAAGGGAGGGCGGUCCAUCCGUGAUGAUGAGCCUGCUAGCAGCCUUCGAGCAGGCUAGCUGUGUGGGGCUAGCGUGCUGCCAAAGUGUGCAGUUAAUUUUCGGGACAGCACGAUGAGGAACAUCAUGAAGUAUUAUAUACUCAUUCCACUACAACAUUUUGACAACACCACGGGGAGAUAGGGGCGUGUUUCCGUCACUACAGUGGGUCGCUGCGACCCUCCAGGAUCCUUGUUUGGAUGGACUAUGGUUGGAGCUAGUAGCACCGCAGCGGGCUCGGAUGGGAUUUCCUCAGAUAGCCGAUGCUAAGAGUUAUGCUAGCUGACUAGCUUGGCGGCUAACCGGUUGGCUAUCUGACACAGUUGGUUGACAUCGCUCAUCUGAUAAUUACCAGGCUCUGAAAAGAGCGGAUUUGCUGGCACGACCAUGCCUCCCAGGCCCUCCUCAGGAGAACUAUGGGGGAUGCACUUGAUGCCCCCCAGCAUCCUAGUUGACUGCCUUCUGCCAAAUGGCAUGAUUCUCACGUUGGAGUGCCUCCGGGAGGCCACACUGAUCACAGUCAAGCAUGAGCUUUUCAAAGAGGCCAGGAAGUACCCUCUCCACCAUCUGCUGCAGGAGGAGAGCUCCUACAUCUUUGUCAGUGUCACUCAAGAGGCUGAGCGGGAGGAGUUUUAUGAUGAGACCAGGAGGUUGUGCGAUCUCAGGCUCUUCCAGGCUUUUCUCAAAGUUAUCGAGCCAGUUGGCAACAGAGAAGAGAAGAUCCUCAACAGAGAGAUAGGUUUUGCUAUUGGAAUGCCCAUAUGUGAGUUUGACUUGGUGAAAGACUCCGAAGUUCAGGACUUCAGAAGGAACAUUUUAAAUGUUUGCAAAGAGGCUGUUGACCUCAGAGACAGUAACGGGCCCCACAGUAGAGCUUUGUACGUGUAUCCUCCUAAUGUAGAAUCCUCUGUAGAACUUCCCAGGCACAUCUAUAACAAGCUAGAUAAAGGUCAAAUCAUAGUGGUCAUAUGGGUUAUUGUGUCGCCCAGCAAUGACAAGCAGAAGUACACCCUGAAGAUCAACCAUGACUAUGUGCCGGAGCAGGUGAUAGCUGAAGCCAUCCGUAAGAAGACGCGCAGUAUGCUGCUCUCCCAGGAACAGUUGAAGAUGUGUGUGCAGGAGUAUCAGGGAAAGUACAUCCUCAAAGUCUGCGGCUGUGACGAGUACUUACUAGAGAAAUACCCUCUGAGUCAGUACAAGUAUGUGCGCAGCUGUAUCAUGCUAGGACGGAUGCCUAACUUGAUGCUGAUGGCCAAAGACAGCCUGUAUUCCCAGCUGCCCAUGGACAACUUUACCAUGCCGUCUUAUGCAAGGCGGAUAUCCACAGCAACACCCUACAUGAACGGAGAAACAGCCACAAAGUCUCUGUGGACUAUCAACGGGACGCUGCGGAUCAAGAUAUUGUGCGCCACUUACGUCAAUGUCAACAUCAGAGACAUUGACAAGAUCUACGUCAGGACGGGGAUCUACCAUGGUGGAGAGCAGCUUUGUGACAAUGUCAACACCCAGCGCGUGCCCUGCUCGAAUCCAAGGUGGAACGAGUGGCUGAACUACGACAUGUACAUUCCAGAUAUCCCUCGUGCUGCCCGGCUCUGCCUCUCCAUUUGUUCUGUGAAAGGAAGGAAGGGAGCUAAAGAGGAGCACUGUCCCCUCGCCUGGGGCAACAUCAACAUGUUUGACUACACCCACACACUUGUAGCCGGGAAGAUGGCUCUCAACCUGUGGCCUGUCCCACACGGCUUGGAGGACCUGCUCAACCCUAUCGGCGUCACAGGAUCCAACCCAAACAAGGAAACCCCUUGUCUGGAGCUGGAGUUUGACCAUUUCAGUUGUCCUGUAAAGUACCCUGAUAUGACCAUCAUUGAGGACCAUGCAAACUGGAAUAUCUCCAGAGAGCUUGGCUUUAGUUAUUGCCACACCGGUUUGAGUAACAGACUGGCACGGGACAACCCCCUGACCGACACUGACAACGAUCAGUUACGUCAGGUGUGCAACAGAGAUCCCCUUUCUGAAAUCACUGAGCAGGAAAAAGACUUUCUGUGGAGGCACAGACACGACUGUGUCAACAUGCCUGAGAUCCUUCCCAAGAUCCUCCUGGCUGUGAAAUGGAACUCCAGAGAUGAGAUCGCACAGAUGUAUUGCCUUCUGAAGGACUGGCCUGCUAUCAAGCCAGAACAAGCCAUGGAGUUGCUGGAUUGCAACUUCCCUGAUCCCAUGAUUCGAGAGUUUGCCGUAAAGUGCCUUGAGAAAUACCUAACUGAUGACAAACUCUCACAAUACCUCAUUCAACUGGUUCAGGUUCUUAAGUAUGAGCAGUACCUUGAUAACCCGCUUGGACGCUUUUUGCUGAAAAGGGCGUUAACCAAUCAGAGGAUAGGACAUUUCUUCUUCUGGCAUUUAAAGUCAGAGAUGCACAACAAGACAGUGAGCCAGCGAUUUGGCCUGCUGCUGGAGUCGUACUGCCGGGCCUGUGGCAUGUAUCUGAAGCACCUGAGCCGACAGGUGGAGGCCAUGGAGAAACUCAUCAAUCUCACCGACCUCCUCAAACAGGAGAAAAAGGAUGAGGCACAGAAGACGAUAAAGGUUCAAAUGAAGUUUCUGGUGGAGCAGAUGAGGAGGCCUGAUUACAUGGACGCCUUACAGAACUUCACCUCUCCACUCAAUCCAGCACAUCAGCUUGGAAACCUCCGUCUGGAGGAAUGCAGGAUGAUGUCAUCAGCCAAGCGACCACUGUGGCUUAACUGGGAAAACCCAGAUAUGAUGUCAGAGCUGCUCUUCCAAAACAACGAAAUCAUCUUCAAAAAUGGAGAUGAUCUGAGGCAGGACAUGCUGACGCUGCAGAUCAUUAGGAUAAUGGAGAACAUCUGGCAGAACCAAGGCCUUGAUCUCAGGAUGUUGCCGUAUGGUUGUCUCUCCAUAGGAGACUGUGUGGGUUUGAUCGAGGUGGUGAGGAACUCUCACACCAUCAUGCAGAUCCAGUGUAAAGGAGGCCUGAAGGGGGCGCUGCAGUUCAACAGCCACACGCUGCAUCAGUGGCUCAAAGAUAAGAACAAGGGAGAGAUGUACGACCAGGCCAUCGAUCUGUUCACGCGGUCAUGUGCAGGCUACUGUGUAGCCACAUUUAUCCUGGGCAUAGGAGACAGACACAAUAGCAACAUCAUGGUGAAAGAUGAUGGACAGCUGUUCCACAUAGACUUCGGCCACUUCCUCGACCAUAAAAAGAAGAAGUUUGGGUACAAGAGGGAACGUGUUCCUUUCGUGCUCACGCAGGACUUCCUGAUUGUUAUCAGCAAAGGAACUCAGGAGUGCACCAAAACAAGAGAGUUUGAAAGGUUUCAGGAGAUGUGUUACAAAGCCUAUCUUGCGAUCCGGCAGCACGCCAACCUCUUCAUCAACCUCUUCUCCAUGAUGCUGGGCUCCGGGAUGCCUGAGCUGCAGUCGUUUGACGACAUCGCCUACAUCAGGAAAACCCUGGCCUUGGACAAGACAGAGCAGGAGGCCCUGGACUACUUCAUGAAGCAGAUGAACGACGCUCAUCACGGCGGGUGGACUACAAAAAUGGACUGGAUUUUCCACACAAUCCGCCAGCACGCCAUGAACUAACAAGGCAAGGACCUUAGCGUCAGCAGCAUGCUCUGAACAGACCGAAAAGAAAGAAGAAAGCAAGGUAUUUCCCCCCCAAACACAGAAAGACUGAAGCCAGCGUCCUGCUCUGAAACAUUACCUGCAAGUGCACCUCAAAGUAAGGGUGCUCUGAAGGGCCAGUUUCAGGGCGAUGACGCCUGAACGCCCCUGCAGGUUUCUUAAUGUCUUCUCCCUGCAUUGUGAACUUAGGAAAGCAGGGCUGAGUCAUUCUCUACCAGUCUUCUUCAUAGGAACUAAACAAGUGGGAUGGACCUCAACAACAUUGGCCUUCUUCAUGUGAACUAUGGACAAAUUUUUAUUUUCUUAUUUUUUAAAACUUCUUUCACCACAUCCUAAACCAUCAGCAUUAAGAAAAAAAAAACACCAUGAAGUUGAAAACAUUAGCACAGCUUGUUUUUCUCUAUUGAGAAAAUGACAGAGCAUACCUGUACUAUGUCCACUACCUAUUCUGAACUGAUACAGACGUCGGAGAACGCACCAAAUCAUUGAAGCAGUCACAAAAACAAGUUAAAAACACUCUUAGUUAAACAGAAAAAAACCCACUUAGCUAGCAUUUAACUCUUUUUGGAGAACUGACUUAUUUGUAGCCUACAGAUGAAUUAUCCUCAGUUUAUAUCCUACAGCAGAUAACUGACUUUUGUACAGCAGUAUAUCCAGAGACUUGUAUGCAUUCGGUGCACAUAUUCCUUUUUGAUCUAUUUUCUACUGAGCCAAAGUACUCUGUGUAACCCCACUACUCCGCAGUCUUAUCGUAAAACAACAUCAAAAAAGUCACUACUAUUCCAAGUCUUGCGUGUACUCAUAGCACUGAUCUCUGCAGUAUUUUUGUUUGUUUUGUUUUGUCUAUCAGUAUUAUUCCGUCAGAUGUUAAGGCACAGGAGUUGUAUCAGUCAUCCAACCGCCCCAAGCAGUUUGUUCACGGAUGAAAUGGAGUGGAGAUAAACUCUCCAAUGGUCAGCUGUGGGAGAUGUUGUGAAUUGGUCUUUCUCGAGCUGAUGGGCGGGUGAGAAAAUGCAGGGGAGAAGGAUGUGCAGUGUUUCUUUUGUGUGCUGUGCUGUUACACUAUGCAAGUUGUGAUCCUAUUAUGUACUGUUUACUGCAAGAAAGGAAAAAAAAGUGAUGUUGGAGUGAAAGAAAGAGAAAAGCAUCUCCCUCAGACAACGCCGAGCGGUGUCUGCAGACUUCAUACAGACAGUACACGGAAGAAAAAAAAAUGCUGCACCAUAACAGGAUCCUUUUCUUCUUCCCUACACAAAACCAGCUGUGAGAAACAUCUUUGGUCCCUACCUUUUUGAUUCUCCGUACCAGCUUUCUCUGUGGAGCUUCAAUCAAAGCCAUCUGUAAAAUGUACAGUUCUGCUCCUGUCUCCUUGUUCCUGAUCAGACGGACAAUUUUAAACACUCUUCCCUUCACGAUUGGUCCCAGAUUGCAACAUCCAGGUAAAGAAGAGCAACCGAAGUGAGUAUGUUUUGAACCUUCCAAGUGUCUUCUUCCCUCCUUUGUCCUAUGAUUGUCACCCUUAUGUGUGAAAGGAAAAGUCUCUGCAGGUUACACUGCACAGACACAUACAUAAGAGGUCAGUAAAUGUUGUAGCUUUACCAAAUGAAACACAACAGGGUGGUUUCUGGGUGUGAAAGUCUGUCUGAAAGUCCAAUUCAUGUUUUCUGUACAUCUUGUAAGGACUUUUAAACACCCAGGAAACUGUUCCUACUGAGAUGCAUGAGCUGCUGUACGGGCUACAGAGCAACGGGCCGGACCCAAACUAAAAAUGAUCCCCCUAUACUUUAUAGAAGAACUAUCUAAAUGAUGCUAUCCCCCCUUGUACGUACAUGUUAUGCUUGUUUUCUGUUCCUCUCACUGCGUUAUGCAUGAGGUCCUCAAAUAUCUGCUUUUUUUUGUUUGUUUGACCUGAUGUUGUUUACUUGAAUUUCAUGUAUAAAAUAAUGACCUUGUUACUUGUGUGAGGUACAACAAAGUCACAAUGAAGGUAACAGAUAACUGCUACUACAUGUGCAUAUGCUUUUUCCUUGAAUAACUACAGAGGUAAUAUAUUUUUGUAUUUUUAAAAUGUAAGCAAACUGGCAUAUGUAACUGCUAACCAAAAAAGAAAAAGGAGGAUUCAUGCAUUUCAUGCACCAUCCUCAUAGAAACCCCCCCCCCCCAGUAGACAGCUUCUAGUUGUUGAAUCGAUAUGAAUGAAAGCAGCAGAGAUGAAUUGUUGAAUGAAGGACAAGGACUCGAUGCUGUGAGAUUCCUCACCCCGAGUGGAAGUCUGUAAGCACAAUAAGGAGGAAGAAGCAACCCUGCAUGUUAAAAAAAAAGAAACAGACUCAUAUGUUAGUCAUUUAUUCAUCUGUAUAUAUAUCAUAAAACCUUUUCAAAUACUUGUUGUAGUCAUCCUCAUAUGACCAUGUCUGAUGAGAAACUGUAUGCAUUCAUUUAUUGUACUGAUGAAUAAAAACAUCUCUCCCUA